CUAAAACCGUGAACGACGACGUAUACAGAGGUCGUUCUACUCGUACCGGUCUAUCCAAGUGAGAUCUUUCAUGCUAUGCCUAGGCUAUAGUUAGUAUAAUAAUCCUCUGUCAAACCUUGCGCCGUCGAUCGUCGUGAGCAUGUGGAUGAUUGUUAGUUGAAUUCUGGUCCAGCACAAUGCGUCUGCUAACCGUCACGAGUAGAUCUACUCGGCAUCCGAGCUCACAGAGUUUUUACUACGAGCGCUUGUCGUGCUGCACGGAGGUCCUUCCACGACAGCUGAGUGAGUGCACUGUACAUAACUGAACAUAGCAGAGUGAUUUGAAUGGCGCAGCUGAGCGUCAUCCCGGUCGAUCCGAGCGCUUUCAAGUCGUCAGCGCGCCGCAGGAAGGCUACAGCGGACGUGGCAGCGAGCGCUGGAGAUGCAGCGGCAGCUGAGCGCCACGAAGUGGUCAAGGACAAGUGUGAGAGCAGCGAGUCUAUCGACCCAAAACCAAGCAAACAGAGAAAGCAACUCUCUGCAUGUCUAACGGCUUGCAAGUACGAUUGCGUGCGCAGGGUGUGCAAGCGCUAUGGUCUGCGGACAGUGGCCGAGUCCGACGACUGGAACCUCUACUGGACUGAUCUUUCCGUGUCCGUCGACCGCGUCAUGGACGUGCGUGUGUAUCAGAAAAUCAACCACUUCCCCGGCAUUCCAGAGAUCUCUCGCAAGGACUUUCUGGCCAGGAACAUGAUGCGCAUGCACCGACAGUUUCCAGAGGACUACAACAUAGCGCCGAUGUCGUGGACUCUGCCUGCUGACUAUGGUGAUUUCAUUGCGUUCAGCUCUAAAAGCAAGAACCGUGGCGUGUCCUACAUUGCUAAGCCGGACAACAGCUCGCAAGGCAAGGGCAUAUUUGUAACGAACAACAGCAAAGAUAUCAAGUCUGACCUGGACUGCGUUGUGCAGCUGUACAUCGACAGGCCAUUUCUGGUGGACGGCUACAAGUUUGACAUGCGUGUCUACGUGCUGGUAACAUCAUGCGACCCGCUCCGUAUCUACGUGUACAAGGACGGGCUGGCUCGCUUUGCCACCAUCAAGUACCACAAGCCCACCAGCCAGAACACGAGUCAGUCAUGCAUGCAUCUGACCAACUACUCCAUCAACAAGCUGAGCAGCGAGUUUGUCCACGACGACAUUGCGGGUAGUAAACGGCGUCUUAUUGCCAUGGAUGAUUGGUUCAUCAAGAACGGACAUGACGUGCGAAAGAUCUGGCGGGACAUUGAGGAUGUUGUCAUCAAGACCAUCAUCAGCUGCCAUCCAGUGUUAAAGCAUAGCUAUCAAGUCUGCUUCCCGCAGCAUCCGGCUGACUGCAACGCCUGCUUUGAGAUUCUCGGCUUUGAUGUCAUGCUGGACAGGGACCUGAAACCAUGGCUGAUCGAAGUCAAUCACUCCCCUAGCUAUCACACAGAUCAAGAGAUGGACAGAGACAUCAAGGAAGGAUUGCUCUUCGACGCUCUCAGCAUGCUGAACCUAGAGUCGCUGGACCGCGCCAAGUACCUCCGUGACGAGAAGCAGCGGGCGCACGAUCGGCUCACGAAGCAGCUGAAAGACGCGUCGCAGAGCCGAAUCAAGAGCUCGGGCGGUGCGAGCGGCAAAAGACGCGAGCACAGCGCAACGCCGGCGAAAGUCAAGCAAUCCACGGCCGACGAGGAAGCGCACGGCACGGCAAAGCCUGGCACUUCUACACAGAGUGCGGACGAAACGCACGGCAAGGAGAGCAACAAGAUGGAGGAAGAGACGCCAGCAUCGCUGUUUGAACUCAAGAACAGUGGUGGGUGGAGGCGUGCCUUCCCCUUUCCCGGCUGCUUCGACAUGUACUCCAAGUUCUUUGCCCAGGCGUCGUCCCUUCACACGCAAACAGCUGCAUCCAAAGCAAGGCAGAAGAGUAUCAAGGAUCAACAGGAUGAGAUUGCCGCCAAACAGCAGCAACAGCUGCAGCAUCGUAGAUCGUCAGGGCAACUGCCACUGAUGACCGGUCUGCCGUUCCGGAGGAAAUUUGCGUCCAUACCAUCUAAGCACGUCUCCCAUGGUGACAAGAACGAGGAUGGAUUCGAUCCGAAAAAUUAUCCACAGUUCGUGCUGACUUGGGAUACCGGUGAUGCGGCCGUUACCGAGAACGCCGAGCUGCAGUGGAGAAGCAGCCUUGGCGAACGCUCUCACCUGAUGCAGGCGCUUGGCAUGAAGUCACUCGUUAGCCAGUACUUCCGCACUGCAUCGCUAGCAGCACGGCAACUCAACUUGACCGACACGUCCCAGUCCGCGAUGACAUCGUCCGUGAGCCACCUGGCCGACAUCAACGCCAAGCAGCGGCGCCCCGGGGGUGGUGGUGGGGGCAUUCACCCGCGCAACACAACCCCGGAAGGCGUUGCAACGACCGCCUCUCACCCCGCCCAGCUGCAGUCGUCCCGCGAUCCACUACCGCCGGUCAAAGCAGAGGGCAUAACGCUUUUUCACUUCAAGCAGCCAGCCGCAACUGCAUCACGCAUCAACAUCCACUCGGACAAUCACCGUAGCAAGUUCGCCCUGGGCGCGAACAAAACAGCCGAGCUCAGUGUGUGCCACUUUGAUCAUAUCCAACUACCCGCAGACAAACUUGACCACAGCCCAAGCAACGCGUUAUCGCCAAGACCACUCGGUAGUCGACGGCAACCACCCAGAGAAGAGCUUUGGGUGCCAGGUGCCAUGGAGAUGAGCCCCAGAAGUAUUCACGUUGCGCCGACGAAAUCCGUUUUGCCCAACAUUCCUAAAACAACUCCACUAGAGCUGGCACAGUCGCAGACAAGACUGCGCUCCACCGUCGCCCUGGCGAAUUCAGACAAUGCCCCAGUGCUGGUGACUGGCAACCCGUCUCACCCUGGUAACACCCAGUUGCCACGGAGACGACUAUUCGACAGCCGUCACCACACGAGCGGCAAUCCUCCGGCAAUGUCGCUGCUGCAGCCGCAGCUGCUGGGCGAUGUUUCUGUGGUUACGGAGCGGGAGCGAGACAAGAUGACGGCGCGGGGUGCACAGCACCAUAGCAGCGCCAUGCUCUCCAAGCCGUUCAAGCACCAGCGCCGAAAGACUCAGCCAAGAGCGCAUGCACAGCAACAGCAACAGCAGCAGCAUCAACGGCGACAGCCGUCCUCAUCCAUCCUACCACCGCUUGACGUGCUGGGGAAGAAGCGACGAACGUGACGCACGGUGUUCCUGGACCUGGGCAGAUGACUGUCACGAGUAUUACUUGACGAUGAGCCCCCAAAGUAACAUGCUAUUUAAUGCAGUGAGUCUGAUGCUGUGUGUAGGGUUCUUCCGUUGGCGAGUUAUGGUCGCUCUUGAUCAGGACGGAUUGCGUUUCAUCGCACACAAAAAAAGGGGUAUAGCUGGUGAGUCCGGAGAGAUCCUACCCUGGAAAUGAUGCGCUUCCAGUCAUCUCCUUCGAUGUGUUCAUCGCGGAGAGUAAACUCCGUAACAGUACAGCGGACUUCCGGCUUAGCAUUUGAGUACCGGCUUUCAGCCUGACUCACCUUGAUCAUAACACGCUGUUUGCUAAUUGAAACAGUCUACCUUGAUAGCCGUUAUUAUCUUUGAAUUUGUGAGUACCUAGUGGAAGUGAUGUUGAAUAGGCUGUUUUCUGAUGAGCUCUUCUCUAUUACUUGUUGAUCCUUGAUCAUAAAUGUUGACAAUCGAACUGGGUUUCUAUGCUCAAACCUUGA